AUGGACACUGAGGAUGGACAAGUCUUCAUAAAGAACUUGGCGUACUUUGUACGGACUCAUGAGAAAGCACUCGCAAAUGCCCUCCAGCUUCAGCGUCAAGCGCCAAAGCAUGGCCAAGGCUCCGCACCCCCUCCGUCUUCACCGACGGGAGCGUCAAGUCUUCCGACGUCCUCGACCUCGAGCGUGUGGGCCGCGGCCCUGUCUCUCCCCUCUCUCACAUUCACCUCUCCCAGCAUCAAGCCUGUGAAGAUGACCCUCACUCCGCACCACCUCUUCUACCUCCUAUCACGUUUUGAAGAACUCGGCAUACCAGUAGGUCCGAUGAAUGUGCGCUUGGAAAAUAUACACACGGAUGCGUCUCCAACCAACUACGUGUCGUUUCUUAGCCAGGCGCAGCGGAACAAGCGAAGAGGGGCUUCAGACCGGGACUCGAUGCACUCAGUCUCUAGCAUUCGCAGCGUGAUGUCAGGCAUGUCGUCGCUGUGGUCGUCUCUUGGUUGGUCGUCCAACAGUGCAGCUAGGGCCGAAAGGCAGAAAGCAGCCAUCCAGGAAGACUUGACAUACCUCUUCUCUGCCUUCACCAAGAUACCCUGCCUGAGACUCGCUCCAGACCACAAAGCCCGCCUCAUCGCAGGCUACGAAGAGUUUCCGUUUGACAGUGCUGUGCCUCUGUUUGCGUUCAAGAACCUCACUGCUCUUGAGAUCUACGACGUAGACUUUCGCCAAUUCUACGGCUGGGACCGGCUGGCCGAGAACCUACGCAGCCUCACAGUCAAGCGCGCCGGCGUCGACGACCCUGCAGACCUCCUGAUUAAUAUCGUUUUGGAUGACAUUGACAAGCGGCGCAGGCGCUCCGCCAAAGCACCACCAUCCCCCACUGUCCCUUGGCCCGCUGGCAGCCCGGCCACGAAGAAUGCCCAGAUUGCCCGGUCGGAGUCCCCGCCAUCCUCUCCAGCAGCAGCGGACAAGUCUUCCUCGAGCCCAAAGGCCCUUACUCGUCACCGCCAGCGAAGCACAUCUCCCACGCGACCGCCAAGCUCGCGCCAUGGCACCACGCAUGUUUAUGGAAGGAGCUCUACCCCUAACAUUCGCAGGUCUUCUGGAAGCUCCGGGUCAAGCGUGCGGUCUACCACCCCGCGCGGCAGCUCCUCAAACCUUUUGUCGCUAGGAUGGUUCCCCGCGAAUAAAUGGAGAUUCCUCAGACAUCUGAGCCUGGCUGACAACGCUCUCACAAAUAUCUCAGCCACCAGCCUUGCUCCCCUAGCUAACACGCUGCAAUCCCUCGAUAUCUCUGCAAAUCUCUUCACUGAGAUUCCAGACAGUUUGGCGACCCUAACCUGCCUUCGAGCACUCAAUCUCUCCAAUUGCAUGAUUGAGAGCCUGCACUCUUUGGGUCGCAACCCCUUGCCCGCGAUCACAACGCUGAAUCUCCGCUCGAAUCGCCUCACGUCUCUAGCGGGCAUUGAGCGACUCCUUUCCAUGGAGAGGGUCGAUUUGAGGGACAACAAGCUGACAGACCCCAUGGAGAUUGCACGGCUCACCGGCGUGCCAGACAUGACCGAGAUUUACGUUCAUCGCAAUCCGUUUUGCAAAUCAUACAGCAACUAUCGGGUGACAAUAUUCAACCUAUUCCGCAAGACACCUGGCUAUUCGGAAGACAUCGUGAUCGAUUCUACUGGGCCAAAUCACAGCGAGCGGAAACAGCUCGUGGACCGAGCGCCUGAACUUCCCGGAGUCCCGGUAGUGAGACCACCUCCCGAAGAUGAGAAGCCUCCCCCCCCUGUCCCAUCCAAGGUUACACCCGCUGUUGAUGGUAAAUCUGCUCCCAUAGAAUCACUUCAACGGACCAGCUCUCACCAUCGUUCCAAGAGCGGACAUACCGGAUCUCAACGGCGAAAGAGAGGACCCAAACGAAGAAUCGUUGAACUCUCCCAGCAUGAAGCUGGACAGCAAUCAUACAACCCGCCGGUCACUCCGCUUCCAGCUCCUCCUGCCUACUCGCCCGAAACUCUCCGAUCCGUAGACCCCAUGCCUCUAACCGAUGCAGAGGUCGAAGGUGUUCCCCACUUCGAGGAACCUCCGAAGAAGAACGCAGCGGGGGAUCCUUCCAAGAAGCCCAUCUCUCAUGAGCCAAGCCCCACCCAACCACUACAGCUAGGGCAGCAGAAAUUACCAUUCAUUGAUACUGCACUGCCAUCACAAACUUCUCCGCAGCUUGCCACAAGUCCUCCUGACUUCGACGUCAGUAGUGAUCUGUAUAAGAAGAAGAUUGAGGCUCUGCGCCAUGAUUUCGGUAACACCUGGCUAAGUGCGUUAGGUGACGAGUCCUGGGACACUAAACCAGUCACUCCAUUCUCCGAGCGCGACUAUAGCUCUCCUUCCAUUAGACCUACGAUGCCCCGAACCCCUAGCCAAGGAAUCGUUUCGGGAGGCCGAACACUUGGAUGA